AUGGAAGAUCAUGGUGCAUCAUCAACUCUCGGUAAUUAUGGUACGAGAGUCUAGGUUCAAAAUGAGUAUCAUUAGCAGCAAUAGAAGCUUUAUGUUUUAUCGGAAAAUGGCCAAGCAGUUUUGCAAAGAAACUCCUAUCUGAAUCCAUCAUAAGCCUAUGAACAAGGCCUUCAAGUAAAUAGAAUAUCAAUAAAAACUUCCUUCUAAACUAAGCUGAACAAUGAAACUCUCAAUUAGUAAUACAUUAGAUAAAUGGCUAGCAGCAGUUACAGUCAAUUUAAAUGGCCAAUUUCUAGUAAUAAUAGCACUUACACUAAAUUUAGCAGCACCUUCAGCAUUCUAGGAUGCCCCCAAGGCCUUAAUAGACUCUUGUCAAUAAUCAGAGAUUUUUUGGAGGCUCUAUCAAGCAUGAAAGUAGUAAAGCCAAAUAGCUUGUCCAAUCAAAGGAGGUCAAUGAUGGAAGUCAAAGGCUAAACUUAAAAAGGAGUUCAAAGAAUGGGUAAAAAUAAUUCUAUUACUGAGCAAUUUGAAAACCUAAAUUUGGCAAAUAGAACUUAACGCAUGGGUCAAUUUGCAACGCAAAUGGAAAUAAAUCCAUCUUUUAGCAUUUAAAGAUAAAAAGAGAAUCUCAUUGAAACCAAGCAGGGAAAAUAAUACCCUUAUGAUAUUCUGGCUGCUGUUCCUGUUUAGGAAUAAACUUAGCAGAUUGUAAAUUAAACCUCAUAAAAUUUUCAUUAGUAACAUUAAUAAUAAGAGACUGUCUCAUGUCCACCAAACACUAAAGUUAAAAGGGUUAAACUUUUAGGAAAGUAGCAGUAGAAUUUUCAAUAAUCUGGCAAACAGCCAACGAAAUAGCCAGAAUAGCACCAAUCUAGAAAGGAUAACAUCUUUUAGAAUAGCCUAAUGAUUUAGAAAAUUGACUCAAAUGUUGUAAUUAUCUAAAAACCCAUGAAAAGGAUAACAUUUACAGAAAAGCCUCAUUAAAGAAAAUUGUCUUAAAAUGAGAUUUAGAAGCAAUUGAAUCUAAGUCAAGAUAAUUAGCUUUCCAAUUAAAAAGAGAGAGACUUGAAGAAAACUGAUUCACAAAAAGAAAAAUUGAAAAGAUCAUCGUCAAAAGACAAUAGCACAAUAAGCUGUGAGCAAGAUAACAUUAAUAUAAAUAACAUUAGUAAUACAUUCAACCACAUAGAACAAGAUCCAAAAAUUUAUCAAAGCAUAGAAAUUUAAUCAAAGAAAUAGAGGUCAUAGUAUAGUUCAUAAUUUGAUGAGCGAAAGCGAUCUCACCAAUAAAACUUUUAAAAUAUUUUCUAGCCAGAAGAGAAUGGCCCUGAUGCUGUUAAUCAAGAUUUAAUGACUGUCAGAUCAAUAGAUCUUCGUUAGGAGCCUAAAAAAGUAAUAUAGUCAAUUUAAAGUUAAUCAGCUCAUUUCUAGAGUACUGCUCUUCAUUAAGAUCUUUUUUAUCAAAGUGAUAUUAAUUCUUAGGAGAGGCCUAUUAGUUCAGAUAGCAAUAAUUUGUGUUUCGUUAAUGAUGACAUCACACAGGGGUAUUAAUCAGAUCAUCAAAAAGAUGCAAAUAAAGGAUAUCAAAUCGGCUGUAUUGAAGAAGUAGACUCGUAAGACUUUGAUGAGGAUGAAGAAGAUAUGGAUGAUGAUAUGGAAAUGGACCUUAGUGAUGAAGAUGAAAAAUUGCAUGAUUGUGAUGAUAUUGAUGGGCAGAGCGGAAAUAAUUCUGAUAAUGAUGAUAAUGGUGAUAGUGAUAUAGAUAAAGAGAAUGAAGAUGACUUAAAUGCUGAAAAGGGGCUAAUUAAAAGCUCCAAAAAAUGUGAAAAAGGAUCAAAGGAUAAAAAAGAGGGUAAAAAAGAAAAAAAAGAUAAAAGUCGUAAAAGAGGUGAAAAGAGAGAAGGAGGUAACGGUGGAGGGAUGCUGCUUAAUCCAUAGAUAAAAAUAACUAUUUCUAGCAAAAAGAGUGGCUCAAAUUAAGGGAAUAAGUAGACAAUUAAUCAAAAGAACAGUAAUAAUCUAAACACACCAUCUUAAUAGAAUAAGGGGAAAGCUGCAAAAUUGCAACUAGCCUAGACUAACUCUACUGGCAAACCUAGCUCAAUACAGAAUUCAUAGCAAAAAAAGAAAAAGGGGAAUAAAACUGUGGCUCUAAUUCAUUCACUUCCCAAAAAUUUAGAAGAAGAAUCAGUGAGAUUUUUCGAGAGUAAUUGUACUAUAAAUCCAGUUUUUGACUAUGAAAACCCAAAUCUUGCUUAGAAAUAUUUAAGUGAAUUUAAGCAGCCAAACGAUGAAUUAAUGCAAAUAGCAAAGAAAAUUUUGGACGCCUUCCUUGCGCACUAUGGAACUGAAAGUAGUUAUUUAGUUACAGAGGGCUCAAUUUUAACUUAAGAGGAAACAGAGAAAUAUUUCAUGGAUUAUUUAGAGGCUCUAGGUGUUGCAGACUAAGUUACAUUAAACUUUUAAAAGAAUAAAAUUGCCCCUACUAGUGUCACUCACGAUCCCAAGUCUGGAAAAUCUAAGAUAAAUAUUGGUUUGCCAAUAGAAUACAGAGAAGGCAGAAUAAUGGGAGUAUUGCAUCAUGAAAUAGGCACUCAUUAUCUGAGGAAAUACAAUGAAAAGAUGCAAGUAUGGUACAAGAAAAGAGACAAGUAUGAACUUAGAAGUUGUAUUUAAACAGAGGAAGGUUUUGCAUCAGUAAACUAGCUUUUUGAAAUGACGAAGGAUGAAUUAAAGAAGCCCUUCAUGUACAAGGCAGCACUUAACUACUACUCUGCAUACAUGGCAAGCAAGAUGAGCUUUGUAGAGCUUUUUAAUGAUCUAGAAAAGUACAUAGAUAAUCCUAGAAGAAGGUGGAAGUGCACUUUGAGAGUUAAAAGAGGUAUGAUUGAUACAGUCGAACCUGGUGGUCUUUAUAAGGACUAAGUGUACCUUGAGGGAGCUGUGUAGAUACUUUAGGAAAGACAUAGUAUAGAUUAUGUCGGUCUUUAUUGCGGGAAGCUAAGUUUAGAUGAUUUAAGAAAGCCAGCAAUUGAAAAGAGAGUUAAAAAGGAGGGAAUUUUGCUACCCACAUUUAUGUCUAAUAUGUCUGAAUAUACAAAGGCUUUAGACAUCAUAGCAAAAACUAAUUUCAUAGAUUGA